GGCAACGGGAAGCCGUUAGGGGCGGAGCCUGCAGCCGCCCGCGCGCGGCUCGCUCCCUCCCCUUUGUGUCGCCAUGGCGGCGGCGGCGGCGACGGCGAGGACGACGAGUGAGGGGUCGAGCGCGGCCGGCGCCUGAGGAGGCUACGCGACCAUGGUGGCUCGCAGCACUGACAGCCUGGAUGGCCCAGGGGAGGGCUCAGUACAGCCCCUGCCCCCCUCUGGGGGGCCCAGUGUGAAGGGGAAGCCUGGGAAGAGACUCUCGGCUCCUCGAGGCCCCUUCCCCCGGCUGGCCGACUGUGCCCAUUUCCACUACGAGAACGUUGACUUCGGCCACAUUCAGCUCCUGCUGUCUCCUGAGCGUGAAGGCCCCAGCUUCUCUGGAGAGAAUGAGCUGGUAUUCGGGGUACAGGUGACCUGUCAGGGUCGCUCCUGGCCAGUUCUCCGCAGUUACGAUGACUUCCGUUCCCUGGAUGCCCACCUCCACCGAUGCAUUUUUGACAGGAGGUUUUCCUGCCUUCCAGAGCUGCCCCCUCCCCCAGAAGGUUCCAGGGCUGCCCAGAUGCUGGUGCCGCUGCUGCUGCAGUACCUGGAGACGCUGUCGGGACUGGUGGACAGUAACCUCAACUGUGGGCCUGUGCUCACCUGGAUGGAGCUGGACAACCAUGGCCGGCGCCUGCUCCUCAGUGAGGAGGCCUCCCUCAAUGUCCCGGCGGUGGCCGCGGCCCACGUGGUCAAGCGCUACACAGCGCAGGCCCCUGAUGAGCUGUCCUUCGAGGUGGGGGACAUUGUCUCAGUGAUUGACAUGCCACCCACGGAAGAUCGGAGCUGGUGGCGGGGCAAGCGAGGCUUCCAGGUUGGUUUCUUCCCCAGUGAGUGUGUGGAGCUCUUUACUGAACGGCCAAGUCCGGGCCUCAAAGGGGACGCUGACAGUCCCCUGAGUGGUGUCCCUGCUGCCCAGGGUGUGUCCUCCCUGACCUCAGCUGUGCCCCGGCCGCGCGGGAAACUGGCCGGCCUGCUUCGCACCUUCAUGCGCUCCCGGCCCUCGCGGCAGCGGCUGCGGCAACGCGGCAUUCUGCGUCAGCGAGUGUUCGGCUGUGACCUUGGGGAGCACCUCAGCAACUCCGGCCAGGACGUGCCCCAGGUGCUUCGCUGCUGCUCCGAGUUCAUUGAGGCCCACGGGGUGGUGGACGGAAUCUAUCGACUCUCCGGCGUGUCGUCCAAUAUCCAGAGGCUGCGACAUGAGUUUGACAGCGAGAGGAUCCCCGAGCUGUCGGGCCCCGCCUUCCUGCAGGACAUCCACAGCGUGUCCUCACUCUGCAAACUCUACUUCCGGGAGCUGCCCAACCCCUUGCUCACCUACCAGCUUUAUGGGAAGUUCAGUGAAGCCAUGUCCGUGCCUGGGGAGGAGGAACGCCUCGUGCGGGUCCACGACGUUAUCCAGCAGCUGCCCCCGCCACAUUACCGGACCCUGGAGUACCUGCUGAGACACUUGGCACGUAUGGCGAAACACAGCGCCAACACCAGCAUGCAUGCCCGCAACCUGGCCAUUGUCUGGGCACCCAACCUGCUACGGUCUAUGGAGCUGGAGUCGGUGGGGCUGGGCGGGGCGGCUGCUUUCCGGGAGGUUCGGGUGCAAUCGGUGGUGGUGGAAUUCCUGCUCACGCACGUGGACGUCCUGUUCAGCGACACCUUCACGUCUGCUGGCCUGGACCCUGCAGGCCGCUGCCUCCUCCCCAGGCCCAAGUCCCUCGCGGGCAGUGGCCCCUCCACCCGCCUGCUGACGUUGGAGGAAGCCCAGGCACGCACCCAGGGCCGGCUGGGGACACCCACAGAACCCGUCGUUCCCAAGGCCCCAGCUUCUCCCGCUGAAAGGAGGAAGGGGGAGAGAGGAGAGAAGCAGCGGAAACACGGGGGCAGCAGCUGGAAGACCUUCUUUGCCCUGGGCCGGGGCCCCAGCAUCCCCCGGAAGAAGCCUCUGCCCUGGCUGGGGGGCAUUCGCACCCCAGCGCAGCCUUCAGGUAGCCGUCCUGACACGGUCACACUGCGGUCUGCCAAGAGUGAGGAGUCGUUGUCAUCACAAGCCAGUGGGGCUGGCCUCCAGAGGCUGCACAGGCUCCGGCGGCCGCACUCCAGCAGCGAUGCAUUCCCAGUGGGCCCAGCUCCCGCAGGCUCCUGCGAGAGCCUGUCCUCCUCCUCCUCCUCCUCGGAGUCUUCCUCUUCCUCCUCCGGGUCCUCCUCAGAGUCCUCAGCAGCUGGGCUGGGGGCACUCUCCGGCUCCCCAUCACACCGCACCUCUGCCUGGCUGGAUGAUGGUGAUGAGCUGGACUUCAGCCCACCCCGCUGCCUGGAGGGGCUCCGGGGCCUGGACUUUGACCCCCUCACCUUCCGCUGCAGCAGCCCCACCCCUGGGGACCCUGCUCCCCCAGCCAGCCCAGCACCCCCUGCCUCUGCUUCUGCCUUCCCGCCCAGGGCCACCCCCAAGGCCCUGUCCCCUCGAGGACCCACCAGCCCUGCCUCCCCAGCAGCCCUGGACAUCUCAGAGCCCCUGGCUGUCUCAGUGCCACCUGCCGUCCUGGAGCUGCUGGGGGCAGGGGCAGCACCUUCCUCGGUCACCCCCACACCAGCCCUCAGCCCCAGCCCAGGCCUGCGUCCCCGUCUCAUCCCCCUGCUACUGCGUGGUGCAGAAGCCCAGCUGAGCGACAACUGCCAACAGGAGAUCUGCAGCAAGCUGGCACUGCCUGCCCCCCGCGGAGCCCAGGGUCAGCCAGGUCCCGAGCAGGACUCCCCACGACUGGCCCCUCCUCUGUCCCUUCUGCGCCCUGGGGGGGCCCCACCUCCACCCCCCAAGAACCCAGCGCGCCUCAUGGCCCUGGCCCUGGCUGAGCGGGCUCAGCAGGUGGCCCAGAGACAGAGCCGACAGGAGCACAGGAGCACCCCAUCUGCUUCCCGCUCCCCUUUCCGCCGCUCACUGUCCUUGGAGGUGGGCAGUGAGCCCCCGGGGCCCUCCGGGAGUGGGCUGCACCCCCACUCCCUAGCCCAACCCGGUGCCUGGACUCCAGGUCCCCCACCCUCCCUCCCAAGGCAGCAGAGUGAUGGGAGCCUAGUGAGGAGCCAGAGGCCCCCCGGGACCUCCAGGAGGGGACUCCGAGGCGCUGCCCAGGUCAGUGCCCAGCUUAGGGGGAGCGGGUGCAGAGAGGUCGCAGAGACAGCAGCCCCGUUCCCGUGUCCUGUCCCCUCCCAGGCUCCCACACCCAGCUUCUCAGCCCCUCGGGAGUGCCUGCCACCCUUCCUGGGGGUCCCCAAGCCAGGCUUGUAUUCCCUGGGCUCUCCCUCCUUCCAGCCCAGCUCCCCGGUCCCCGUCUGGAGGAACCCCCUGGGCCCUCCAGCACUUGACCGGGCAGAGAACCUGUACUAUGAGAUCGAGGCAGGAGAGGGGUCCCCCUACUCUGGUCCCACCCGAUCCUGGAGUCCCUUUCGCUCCAUGCCCCCCGAUCGGCUCAACGCCUCCUACGGCAUGCUUGGCCAGUCACCCCCACUCCAUAGCUCCCCUGACUUCCUGCUCAACUACCCCCCACCCCCCUCCUGCUUUCCCCAUGACCAUUUGGUCUACUCAGCACCCCAGCACUCUGUGCGGCGACCCCCCCGGCCUGAGCCCCUCUACGUCAACCUGGCCCUUGGGCCCAGAGGCCCCUCACCUGCUUCUUCCUGCUCCUCCUCCUCCCCUCCUGCCCACCCUCGAAGCCGUUCAGAUCCGGGGCCCCCUGCCCCCCGCCUCCCACAGAAACAGCGGGCCCCCUGGGGGCCCCACACUCCUCACAGGGUCCCUGGGCCUUGGGGCCCUCCUGAGCCUCUCCUGCUCUACAGGGCAUCCCCCCCAGCCUAUGGCAGGGGGAGCGAGCACCAUCGAGGCUCCUUGUACAGAAAUGGGGGGCCAGGAAGGGAGGGGGCUGGUCCCCCACCUCCCUACCCUACUCCCAACUGGUCUCUCCGCUCCGAGGGCCAGACCCGAAGCUACUGCUGAACCCAAGGUGGGCGCAGCCUCCCCUCCCCCUUUCUGUGGUGCGGCGCCACCUUCCUCAGUGCCGCCCAUAUUUUCUUGAGCUCCGGACCCCUAUUCCAGUUUCUAACUUUGUAACUUGCUUCUGAUACAGCCCCUAACCUGUUCCCACAGCUGCCCCCCUCCCCGCCCUCUCCAUCCUGG